UUGCCCUUAGAAAUGGCGAGAUCGAUGACAAUAGUACUGUUGCAAAAAUGAUCUCCUGUGGUAUUCCUCUUGAAGAACCAUAUGUGCAAUAUCGUCUUUCAACCCUUAUGAACAUGGAAAAGAUCAAUCUUAAAAAAGGGAAAACUUGACUGGGACAUGCUGAUCCAACAGAAAAACUUGAAAAAGAUGAAGUUUGCAUUAUCCUGCAUAGGCAGUGGGCUGAUGCUAAAAGAGAAUUGUAAGAAGAGAAAAUAAUGCCCUCACUUGUACUUGACCGCGAUCAGACCAUAAAAAAUGCCAUCAAACAGGUUGAAGAAAUGAGAAAAGAUUUGUCUAAUGCACUUCAUGCUGCUGCAUCUGUUGAGAGUAGAACUGCUGUAGCUGAGGUUGUUGAAAUUGACGGUGGGAGUGGAUCUGCUUCUUUGACAGAUCUGUUGAAACAUGACAAGGUUCUGAGCAAGAAGCCCUCUGCUCCUCACCGAGUUGUGCCUGAUUAUCUGUUGAAUGCAACAACUAAAGAAGCCAGCAAGAGAGUUAAGCUUGCCAACCUUGGUCGCCGUGGAUUCAAGAAAAAAUUCAAGGAAGAUAAGGACCCCCUUAAGUCUUUCAGUGCUCAGCUUAUUUCCUGGAGGCCUACACCCUAGUGAGGAAGGGUGAUCUCUUGAUUGUGAGAGGAGGAAUGAGGAGUGUCGAGUUCAAGGUUAUUGAGACUGAUCCUAUUUGAGUAUUGUGUUGUUGCUCCAAACACUGAAAUAUUUCCAAUAGGGUUUACUAAAGUGGCUAGAGAUAAGAAUUCUAAAGCUGGAUCAAAUGUCUAGGCUAGCCUUUGUAAGUUUUGAGGUUUUAUUUUGUGAAUUAUGUUGAAUCAUGAAUUUGAAAAGAAAUUAAUGGAAAGCCUCAAUUUUU